AUGGAUGGUGAGGAUUCGAGCGGACAAUCAUGGACCAGAGAUCUCGUACAGGAGGACUGGGCAAAAGCUAUGCAAAUCGCUCAGGGAAGACUUUUGACCAGCAGUACCAGAAUACGCCUGCAAUUCUUACAGGAGGAACUUUUAUGGCUUGCGACCAACGGAGGAUUGAGCCUAAGGCAGAUUAUGGAUGUUUUUAAACUCCUGACACAAACAUACCCCCGAUACGUUGAUGGUCCUUCUCGCGAUGCUGUCGAGGAAGUGGGAAUGACGUUGAUUGAGAAGGAUGAGACAGCUGAUGCUGGCCAAAAGUUGGGAGUCACGGAGCAAGUGCUAGGAUGGCUUGCGAAUGAAGUAUCCCACAUAGUUAAGCGUGGUUCACCAAGCACAUACGCACCUGCAGAUAUAUUCGUUCUCUUGAGCUGGGCAUGCGGGCUUUAUGCGACGUGUCUACGAUCUUCUCCUGGCUUUACUUCUUCCCCUCCGUGGAAAGUGCUCGUCGAAAUCUUUGCGACGCUUCUCGAUAUGCAGCUUAACCGCUCUACGCGAACAAAACCAACUAUGCAGAAAAGUGCAUUUGUCCGUACACGCAGAGCCCUUCGGUCUACACCGGAAGAGCUUCCCACUCUCAUGGCGACACUCGUAGCGCAAGCAAAAUCUAGCCAAACUCCUCUCGUACAGAUUUCGUUGCUGAGCACUGCUGUGGAUGUGACACUUCGUCUGAAAAAUGUGAAGGAGGAAUCGCUCACCCAAAUUCCUUCUGCGAUCAAGAAUGACAUCCUCAAUCUUUAUACGACUUGCGUUGUAAUGUCCAAAAAUCCUGUUCCAUCGCACUCCUCUAGCGCGCUUCAUGAUUUCAUAGGGACUUGUGUAACCUCUAGCGAUCUAACUGCAACUGUAUUACCAGCUAUGGAGAAGGCACUCUUACGAUCACCAGAAUAUUCACUAAGUGUAAUCGCAGAUUUUUUACUUGCGUACUCUCAUAACCUCGACUCUGCCACAUUCAAAAAACUCCUCACCGCCUCCCUCAAUUCCGCUAAGUCUAACAACCCUGUUGUGCGCACAAAUUCCAUAGGGCUUUUUAAGGUCCUGAUCUCCAAAGACAUCGACUCUACUAGCGUCGGUGCAGCCCUCACGGAUGUUUUGACAUUGCCCAAGACUGGUAAAACUACAGGCCCAGAGCAUCGACUUACGCUUUAUGCAAUGCUCGCCACGAUGCCACCAAGCGCUGAGGUUUCGGCCAUGGUCGUCCAGAAUGUACCUCAGCUGCUCGUGAAGGAAACGAAUGAUGCGGCCGUUGGGGUGCUGGCAUCGAUCAUGGCGGCACAUCUCACUUUCAUCCUCAAGGCAAAUAUGGAAGUACCUGCAGACGCGACGACUGUGAUUGCGAAGGAGAUGACCAACACGAAACCCGUCAUCAGGAGAGCUUUUGUGUCUAUCACUGGGUCGGCGCUCUGGAACGUCGACACGGUCGACACCGACGCCGUUUUGGCCUUUUCAACGGGUAUCACAAGUGCUCUUGAAACUAACCUGAAGGUUGUGACUGCAAAUCCUCUAACUGCAGCGGUUGGCCCGUUGGAGGGGUAUGUUGCCCUUGCUCUGCUCAUGGGUCCCCUGACAAACACGGGAAAGUUUGGCGAUAUCAUAGCUCGCAACGUAUCUAUCGAAAUUCUGACUGGCACACAAGCCAAGCCAUCAUUCAUCAUCUCGGACAAAAUAUAUCAAAAAUUGACUGACGUAGAAGACGAGCUAUGGCUUCUACGUGCCGCGAACCUAUCUCUUUUCCGCUUGAAGAACGAGCUGGCUAAAAGCGAGCAAUUACGGCUAUCAUCUGAAGUUCGCAGGGUAGCGAUUCGGACUAUCGAAGCAGCUGUUCAGUUACUCCCACAGCUUGUCAUUCCAAUCCUGCGUGAAACGCUGACAGCCUCGUUGAUCAAAGAGAAGUCGGCUGUUGUCAAGAGCGCGCCAGUGAAAGAAGAAACGGAAAAAUCUGCUCCAGACAAUCGGCGAAGGUAUGCAGCAUUGCUACUGUGCUGCGGUAAUAAGGAAGAAGCAGGUGCGGAGGAGAGAGACGAUCAACUAGUAGACCUCAUUGUUCUAGCACAUCACUCUGUCGUUUGUCCUCCAUCCCGCAUGCUAUGGAUCGAGUUGUGCCAGAAGGCUGGUGUGGACCCGCACGAUUUAAUCUCUCGCCGUGUUGACCAGGCGAUGUCGAGCAUUUUGACAGCAUCCACCAUCGAUUUGAAGUUUGGCUUUGCGGACGCGAGCUAUCAAGCAAUUAGCACAUUGGCGUUUGUAUGUUCCGAAAGCGUAUUACCGAAGAUCGUGGAACAGUUACGUGCCGACAUCGACCCUUCGACAAUCAAUGCACUGUCCGAGGCUGAGUUUGGUAUCUGGGAAACGCCAGAAGGCAUGACGUACGUAGAUGUUCUCUCCUCUCAGAAGGCCGAGGAAGGUCCCAAGAAGGGGAAAGACGCUGACAUUGCCCGCUGGGAGGCCGAGCUUCGUAAAUCGCUUGCGAACAAGAAGGGCGGUGCGACAACUACGCUUUCGAAACAAGCUCAAGCACUCGUACAAGCACAGCUGGACAAGGAAGCAGUUGUGCGGCAGCGAGUCACCGCUAUCAAACUCAAUCUGCAACGAGGGCUGUCGUAUAUUCAGAGUUUAGCGUCUAUCAAUGUCCCCGAGUUGCGCAUGUAUGUUUCCUUCAUUUUAUCGCUCUUGUUGGAGGGAGCUAUGCGUCAGGGGUCGAGGCUUGUCGGGUCGCAAGCUUUUGAAGCCUAUUUGGACCUCGCCAAGUGCUGCUCAGCACGUUUAGACACAUUUCACAAGUGGGUUGGUGUGGCGACAUUGCGAAGCCUUGGGAUAGCAUCGGUGCCCGAAGAACUGCAGGCUGAGCAACUUAGCUCUCUUGUGCUACGCGUUCUUUAUCGUCUGCGAUCGCUAUCGGAACAAACUCCGUUUGAUGCUGCAACCUUUUCCUAUGCAUUUCCACUCCUUGCACAGGUGCUGCUGAAAGGUGGUGUAGACGCCGGCCAAGAUGAUGGCGAUGAAGCACUCGAGCAAGUAACUCUCGUGCUUGACAUCAUCAGGUUUCAUUGCAGCGAAUUUUCGGAUGCGGCAUUUCCUCGAAAAGCAACCAUGGAGCACGUCCUCCACGUCAUAAGGCAUCAACCGCGACUUAGCAAGGAAGCAUCAUCUGUUCUCAUUGACCUCGGAGAGGCUGUGCAGUCGAAUGCAACCCGCGCUGAGGUCGGUGUGCUCAUUGAUGGCACACUAUUGCAAGAGGUCUACGUUAGGAAUGCUUGUCUACAAGCUAUCCAGCCAUUCGAUUUAACUGAUCUUGAUUGGUCUCCGCAACUUUGGAUAGCCUGUCAUGAUGAUGACGAGCAGAACGCUCGUCUCGCCAAUCACGUGUGGGAGGAUAACGGCUUGGAUGUGCCAGAAGAUUUCCUUGAUAAGCUCAUGAACUAUCUGGAGCACAACAACGCGUACGUUCGAACCAGCACGGCAUCGGCCAUUGCGGAGGCUGUGAUCUAUUGGCCUCGAAAGAGCGCACUGACCAUAGUUGCUCUACAAGAAUUCUACCGGGAGAAGGCUAAAAUUCUUGCACCCGAGUUCGACGAAUAUGGCAUGGUUAUCGCUUCUAGCCUCGAUCGCUCCGAUCCAUGGACUACCCGGGUGGCGGUGGCCCUUGCAUUUGAGCACUCGGCUCAGUCAUUCACAGAGGACCAGAUUGAACCAUUCUUCGUAUUUUUGAUUAAGGACGAAGCAUUAGGUGACAGGUCACCGGAUGUGCGCCGCGGCAUGCUUCGGGCUGGAACUGCCGUGAUCGACAUUCAUGGCUCAAAACGGCUUGCGGGACUACUCUCGACUUUUGAAGAACAUCUAAGUGGCCCGAGUCCUGCGAACGAAACUGGAGAUCAAAUCAAGGAAGCCGUUGUCAUUCUGUUCGGGCGCGUCGCCAGGCAUCUCGAUGCCUCAGACACACGCAUUCCCAGCAUUGUCGACCGACUGGUCGAAGCUCUUAAGACUCCGGCAGAACAAGUCCAAAUAGCUGUUUCUGACUGUCUUGUCCCUUUAGUGAAGCUCAUGGGCCCGGGCGUUCGCAAGCUCGUUGAUCACUUGUUCGAGGAACUCUUCGAUGGACCGAAAUAUGCCAGUCGACGGGGAGCUGCCUAUGGUCUUGCAGGUACCAUUAAGGGUUUGGGAGUAGGUGCCAUGAAAGAAUACGAUGUCAUCAACCGCCUUCGGACAGCUACCGAGGACAAAAAGCGUUUCGAAACGCGUCAAGGUGCAAUGUUUGCAUUCGAAACUUUGUCGAAUACACUUGGUCGACUAUUCGAGCCCUACAUCACAUUUAUCCUCCCCAUUCUCCUGACUGCAUUCGGCGAUACGACAGCAGACGUACGCGAGGCUGCUCAAGAUGCAGCAAGGGUAAUCAUGGGUAAUAUGUCUGGAUAUGGUGUCAAGCUCAUUCUCCCUUCCUUAUUGUCUGGUUUGGAUGAGAAACAGUGGAGAUCCAAAAAGGGUUCCAUUGAAUUGAUGGGCAUGAUGGCCUACUGUUCGCCCCGACAACUAUCACUCUCACUGCCCAUCGUCAUUCCGCGCCUUACUGGCGUUCUGACGGAUACCCAUGCUCAAGUCAAAACCGCGGCCAACAAGAGUCUAAAACAGUUUGGAGAAGUCAUCAACAACCCCGAGAUACAGGCUCUUGUUCCGACGCUACUGAAGGCGCUUGUGGAUCCUGCGAAGACGACAAACGCUUUAUCAGCCCUCCUAAAAACAUCAUUCAUGCACUACAUCGAUCACUCUUCUCUGGCGCUGGUCAUACCCAUUAUCGAGCGUGGAUUACGGGAACGAGGGACGGAGGGCAAGAAGAGAGCCGCCCAAAUUGUUGGCAAUCUUGCAUCUUUGACGGACUCUAAAGAUUUCGUGCCGUACUUGUCUUCGCUCUUGCCGUUGGUGCAUCUAGUUCUGGUUGAUCCUGUGCCGGAAGCACGCGCGACUGCUGCCAAAGCGCUCGGGACGCUUGUUGAACGUCUUGGAGAAGGCCACUUCCCGACAACACUUAAGACCGACACCUCAGGUGUUGAUCGACAAGGAGCGGCUCAGGGUCUCAGUGAAGUGCUGUCCGGACUCGGCAUGGAACGGCUUGAAGGCCUUCUCCCUGACAUCAUCGCCAACGCGCAGUCCCCUCGGAGUACCGUUAGGGAAGGUUUCAUGUCUCUCCUCGUGUAUCUACCGGCUACCUUUGGCGCUCGAUUCCAACCACAUUUACCGAAAAUCAUAUCCCCCAUCUUGAGCGGACUGUCUGACACGGAAGAAUACGUUCGGGAAGCUGCUAUGCGAGCAGGGCGGAUGAUUGUUACCAAUUACUCCACCAAGGCGAUCGACUUGCUCCUGCCUGAACUUGAACAGGGCAUGUUCGAUGCCGGCUGGCGCAUUAGGCAAUCAUCGAUCACUCUUGUUGGAGAACUCUUAUUCAAGGUAUCAGGCAUUAGUGGAAAGGCUGAAGUUGAAGAGGAAGAGGAAGUGGCUGAAGUUGCAGUCGUAGAAUCUUCUCGCCGGGCGCUCACAGAUGUUCUUGGAGAGGACCGUCGUAACCGUAUUCUAUCGGCAUUGUAUCUUGCAAGGCAAGAUGCAGUCAACGUUGUUCGUCAGUCUUCUAUUCACAUCUGGAAGGCACUCGUGCACAACACACCCCGCACUGUACGCGAAAUUCUCCCGGAGCUUGUCAGUCAGUUGGUGAAACUGUACUCUAGCGAGGAGUUCGAACAGCAAGAGACUGCCACUCGUACCGCUGCGGAGCUAAGCCGCAAGUCUGGCGAGAAGGUUCUGGGCGAAAUUUUCUCAAUUCUUCAUGCCAAGUCGCAUUCUCCUGACAUUCGUACCCGUGAAGGUGUCUGCCUUAUGCUGUGCGACGUAAUGGAGAGCACAUCCGAUGCACAACGUGAUGGCCACGAAAACGAAAUCAUUAACAUGGUCCGUGCCUCCCUGGUGGAUGACGACGCUAGUGUACGUUCGGCGGCCGCGAAGGCGUUUGAUGUACUUCAAGAACAUCUCGGCGCAAAAGCGAUUGACCAGACGAUCCCCACUUUGUUAGAGGCUUUACGCCAGCCAGGUGCAAGUUCAGACACCGCACUUCAAGCCUUGAGGGAGGUCAUGUCGGUCCGGGCGUCUACUGUAUUCCCUGUUCUCAUCCCAACCUUGAUUGCCGCGCCUAUGACGGUUUUCAAUGCCAGAGCUUUGGCGUCUCUUGUCACCGUUGCUGGUCAUGCCUUGAGCAAACGCCUCAUUGUCAUCCUUGGAGCAUUAGUGAAGGUUUUGGAAGAAGACCAAGACGAUGAACUACGGAACGCUAUUGACGAGGCUGUGCGUGCACUUUUAGCCUCAAUAGAAGACCCGGAGGGUUUGAACACCUUGAUGUUACUCCUUCUUGGAUGGGCCAAGAGUGAUGCGCCAAAACGGCGGAUUAGCUCCUGCAAUCUCUUUGCAGUGUUCUGCGAGGAAUCUGACCUAGAUUCGUCGUUAUACCGUGUUGACUGGGUCCGACAGCUUGUUUCACUCUUCGAUGACCAAGAGGUUUCAGUCCACACUGCGGCUUGGCAGGCAUUUGAUGUAUUCGUCAAGUCAGUGCCAAAGGAUGAGCUGGAGUCCCUCGUAGUCCCCCUGCGCCGGACGAUCGAGAGCACUGGUGCACCUGGCCGAUAUGUUCCUGGUUUCAGUCUGCAAAAGGGAGUCGCACCCGCCGUCCCCAUCAUUAUUGCUGGUCUCACGAAUGGCAGCAACGAACAACGUGAAAAUGCAGCAUACGCUAUCGGAGACUUGGUGGAACGGACGGAGGAGUCGGCUAUCAAACCUUUCGUGGUACCAUUCACUGGGCCCCUCAUUCGUGUUGCAACACAAGCAACCACAUAUCCUCCUGGUGUGAAGACCGCCAUCCUCAGUGCACUGGCCUCCAUGCUCGAGAAAAUUCCCGGUCACGUUAAACCGUUUUUCCCUCAGCUUCAGCGCACGUUUGUCAAGGCAAUCAGCGACACGUCCUCUGCCGUCGUACGAACUCGUGCAGCAGAUGCUUUGGGUAUCCUCAUGCACAGCCAGCCAAGGGUUGAUCCUGUUGUUACGGAGCUUAUUGCUGGUGCGAGAUCCAGCGAGGAGGAGAUUGCUGCUAGCUUCGUCCUUGCAUUGUCGAACGUCGUGAAGAGUUCUUCUGUGCACGGUGGCAUUGGUGAUAAGGCUAGGGAAUCCUGCAUUGAACUUGUCAACGACGCAUUCCGGGAAAUACACGAGGAUCACUACGUUCAGGCAACAGCCACGUUGAUAGCCUCAUUGUCAGCAAAUCCGCAAUCACUGAAGCCGAUUGUAAAUGCAUACUUGAUCUCUGGAACACCUCCAUCAGCCCUAGCAUCGCAUGCCAUCCUUGCUGUCCUAUCUCCCGAUUCGGACGACUACUUGGAGCCAGCAGCCACGCUGUUCGCUAAACUAGGGCUCUUACGCAGUGUAGCUUUGAAAGUCAAAGAAAGCUAUCAAGUUUGGAAUAAAUAUCCCCAUAGUUCAACAAGUGUAAAACACGAGAAGAAGGCGGAUGCAUUCGGAACUAAACUUCGAUUACAUAUCCUGGUGAUGAUCACUCGUUCAGACCAAAUUAUUCCUACAUGGAUUGUAAUUUGUGGCUGCUCAACUGAGGAUUUGGCCCGCGGAUAA